AUCACCCCUCGUUGUCAUCUCAUAUCCUGAGCCAGAGAUCAAAGAAACCAGAGGGAGCGAGGCAUGGCAGCAGGCUUGCAGGUGUUUGGCCAGCCGGCGUCUACUGAUGUCUCCAGGGUUCUGACAUGCCUGUUUGAGAAGAAACUGGAGUUCGAUCUUGUCCGCAUCGAUACAUUCAAGACGCAUCACAAGCUUCCCGAGUUCAUCAGGCUUCGGGAUCCUAAUGGGCAAGUGACCUUGAAGCACGGCGACAAAACUCUCGUUGAUUCGAGGGACAUCUGCCGGUACGUCUGCACCCAGUUUCCAAACGAUGGAAACAAGAGCCUUUACGGAUCCGGCGCUCUAGAACGGGCGUCGAUAGAACAGUGGCUUCAGGCGGAGGCUCAGAACUUCGGGCCCCCCAGCUCCGCGCUCGUCUUCCAGCUGGCGUUCGUCCCUCACCUCACUCACCUGGGCGUUCGUCAGGACCCUGCCGUGAUCGCCGAGAACGAGGAUAAGCUGAAGCAGGUCCUUGAUGUCUACGACGAGAUACUCUCGAGGAACGAGUACCUGGCUGGCGACGAGUUCACCCUGGCCGACCUCUCCCACCUCCCGAACUCGCACUACAUCGUGAACACCGAGAGAGGAAGGAAGCUCUUCACUAACAAGAAGAACGUGGCCAAGUGGUACGAGAAGCUCUCGAAGCGCGAGACGUGGAAGCAGGUCGCUAAGAUGCAGAAGGAACAUCCUGGUGCGUUCGAGUGAUUGCUUGUCUUGGGGGGAGCUGCGAGUGCACCAUCAUGAAUGGCUUCAUCGUCUGUGUCGGUCUGGCUCUACAGUUCAUUUUGUUUUUGAGUGAUCCAUUGUUUAAUUUCUCCUAUCAGUGUUGUCGUGUGAACCAAAAAUAAUGUGAAGCCCAGCUGUGAUGUAUAUGAUCCUUUUGCUCAAUCUAUCAUGACGUAUAAGCUCGAUCUCUGACCUUGUACGCACAGUAUUUUUUUUACUGAUGAUUUCGAUCGAGACAUACAGU